AUGGUCAUAUCUUUUGUGUAUGCUGCUAAUGAUGAGGCUACACGACAAGCUUUAUGGGAUGAAUUGAUAAACAUCUCAAAUGAUGCAAGGCUCAAUGACAAGGCUUGGGCUUUACUUGGAUAUUUCAUUCAGAUAUUGCACCCAGAAGAACACUCUGCAGACGACGGCUCAUUGGCGGAUAGUCCUACAAGACUGUUUAGAGAAGUUAUGUUCAAUGCUUCCUUAACCGAUCUGAAUUUCAGAGGUCCUACCUUCACUUGGUGGAACAAAAGAAGAAGAGAUCCUGUCACCAAAAAACUGGAUCGUAUUCUGAUAAAUGAUCAAUGGACUACCAGCUUCCCAUCUUCCCUAAGGCUUUUUGGUGAGCCUAGUUUUUCCGAUCACGCCUCUUGUGGGAUAAGCUUUCGGUCAGCAGCCCCUAAGGCAAAGAAGCCGUUCAGAUUCUUCAACUUUCUGCUAAAGGACGAAGAUUUCAUCCCACUGAUCUGCCUGGAAUGGUUUUCUCUAAAUAUCACGGGUUCUACAAUGUUCAGGGUAUCAAACAAACUUAAAGCUUUGAAGAAAGUCAUUAGAGAUUUCAGCAGGGAAAACUACUCUGAUCUCGAGAAAAGAACAGAAGAAGCCCAUGAAAGCCUUUUCCAAGAUCAGAAUAGAAUGUUACAAUCUCCAUCUGUUGCUAAUGCGGAAAUAGAAUUGGAAAAACACAGGCUAUGGCUUAUUCUAUCUACUGCAGAGGAAAGUUACUUUCUCCAAAGAUCAAGAGUGACAUGGCUUAGGGAGGGAGACAGUAACACCUCCUAUUUCCACAAGAUGACCUCCUCUAGGCAAGCGCAAAACCACAUCCACUUCCUACUUGAUGGUAAUGGCAACAGAUUCGAAAGCCAACAAGAUAUUCAAAAUCAUUGUGUGGAUUAUUUCCAAAAAAACCUUGGAGGUGAGCAGGAUAAUCACAUCUUCCACCAAGAAGAUAUCACAAACCUCCUGAACUUUAGAUGCUCUCAAGCUCAGCAGUCACGUCUGGAAUCUCCUUUCACGGCAGAGGAGGUUAAAGCAGCUUUUUCUCGUUGCCAAGGAACAAGGCUAGUGGGCCUGAUGGCUUUUCCUCAGAAUUCUUUACCGGGUGUUGCCGGCAGACUCAAAGCCAUCCUCCCCUCGGUGAUCAGUCAUGCUCAGUCUGCUUUCAUGCUUGGUCGCUUGCUCCUGGAGAACGUCCUGCUCGCUACUGAAAUUGUUCAAGGCUACAAUAAGAAAGCGACUCCACCUAGUGCAAUGCUUAAGGUAGAUCUGCGAAAGGCAUUCGAUUCUAUAAGAUGGGACUUUCUUAUCGCAACCCUCAAAGCUGUUAACCUACCAGAGAAAUUCAUCGGCUGGAUCCAGGAGUGCUUAACCACUGCCAGUUUCUCACUAACAGUAAAUGGACACACUGGAGGUUUCUUCAAAAGUACUCAGGGAUUGAGACAAGGCGAUGCUAUGUCACCCUAUCUAUUUGUACUUGCCAUGGAGGUCUUCUCAGACGAUGUCAUGAUAUUCUUUGAUAGUAAUAGUUCAUCCUUGCAUGGUAUUUAUGAAACACUUGAGGAUUUUGCUGGUUGGUCGGGGCUGCACAUGAAUAGAGAUAAAACACAGUUAUUCCACUCUGUGCUGAGCCAAGCUGAUUCAAAUGCUCUAACAAGCUAUGGUUUUACAACUGGGAUGCUCCCUAAAAAAUAUAUGGGUUUGCCUUUGAUGAGUAGGAAAUUGAAAGUUGCAGAGUACGCUCCCCUUAUAGAGAAAAUCAAAGCCAGAUUCAACUCUUGGGCAACAAAAUCACUAUCCUUCGCUGAUAUAGUUCAGCUAAUUACCUCGGACAUUUCAGGUAUUGUCAAUUUCUGGAUUUCCACCUUCAUCCUCCCGCUGGGUUGUAUUAGACAAAUUGAAUCUUUAUGUUCUCGCUUCCUAUGGUCUGGUCAGAUCGAGAAAAAAGGUCUAGCAAAAAUCUCAUGGUCCCAGGUUUGUCUUCCUAAGUCUGAAGGGGGAAUUGGUUUAAGAAGGUUCGCUACUUGGAAUAGAACCUUGUGCUUACGAAUGAUUUGGUUGCUCUUCUCUGGAAGUGCCUCGUUAUGGGUUGCUUGGCAUAAACUCCACAACUGUAGCAAAGUUUUAAGCUUAUGGGAUCAGCCUGAAACAGCCUCGAACUCUUGGAAUUGGAAGUGCUUGUUAAGGCUUAGAAAUUUGGCUGAAGGUUUUAUUAAAUGCACCAUUGGUAAUGGAAGGGAAGCAAGUUUCUGGUUUGAUAAUUGGACCCCCUUCGGUCCCCUAAUCAAGUUCAUCGGAUACCAAGGCCCCAGAGACCUAAGGGUCCCUCGACAAGCAAAAGUAGCAGAUGUAUGUGACUCUAAUGGUUGGAAACUGGCGGACCCAAGAUCUGAACAAGCCCUUCAACUCCAUAUUCACCUUACCACGACAAGGAACAUCAGUGAAGCACACAAUACAGACUCUUAUGAGUGGGUGGUGGACAAUAAAAAAUGCAAUGGUUUCUCGUCACCAAGAACCUAG